AUGGCGGAAGCAGAGACUGAAGUGGGCGGCGCAAAGCGCAUGGGGUCCAGCAUAGAAAGUCUCCGGCGCAAGAAGUUCAAGCUGUCAGAGCUGCCCAUUUCUACGGCCCAGCGGACUACGAUCGACAAUCUGUUAUAUUCUUUCAAGAAGAAAGGAGGCUUUGAUGCAGUUCGAAAAGAAGUUUGGGCCAAAUUCAAUGAUAGCGAUGCUAAGAACUCAUUUACAGCAUCUUUAAUUGAAAUGGCCGAGUCUGAAAUCGAGCGUGACCCGUCUUUGCUAUCUCGUGAAAGGGGGAAAGCCGCUACCCUAAUCUCCGGUGCCGUUGACCGCAGUGAUCUACAUUCAGGAAUUGAAGAAUCAGUUGACGCGAUAAUAUCCAAUCACAUUGACGAGAUACUAGCCUGUCUACGCAAAAUUCGCGUUCAGGAGAUUGGCCAGGAAGCGGCUGAUGCUGAAAUUGCCAAAGGACUUACCACGGAUGCGGAGUACGAGAAGCUUGUUCAAGCUAAGAGAGACGAGCGCGAGAAGAUUAGGCAAAAGGAACUGGAGAAAGAAAGGAAAGCGGAGGAAGAAAGAAAGAAAGCUGAAGCCGAAGAAAAACGACGGCAACGUGAGAUACGAAAGCAGAGGGAGGAAGAAGACAGGAAGAGACGAGAGGAACGAGAGGAAAAGCGGCGGGCUGAAAGGGAAAAGCAACGCGAGGAAGAUAGGUUGCGAGACGAACGGCGAGAACGAGAACGGGAGGAACGGUAUGAGCGAAGAAGGCGAGAGGAGAAAGAACGAUACCGUGAACGUGAACGAGACCGGGAGCGUGACUAUGACAGAGAUAAAAGCAGACGGGUGGAUCUUGACCGCGGAAGAGAUGGUAGCGGUACGCCACGAGAUGCGUCCAGGGUGCAUAAAACACCAGCCCCACCAGUGGAUGAGAAGGCGCUGGAAGAUGCGGCCCUUGAGCUGCUACUCAAAGAAGGAAAGGAGCUUGCUGCUAAAUCACGACAAAAGCCAGAGUUUGAUUUUGAGCAAGCAGAAGCCCUGGAAAAUGGCCAGGUUUUACAGCCAGCUAAUACCAACACUCGCAGUACUUCCUCCAAGCCCAGAACGGAAUCGGCUCUUCCUUCUCAAGACCCCGUCAGGUCAAGGACAGAAGAUCGCGAAAGCCGCCGCAGCCAUAGUCGCCGACGUGACCGUAGCAGGUCCAGGAGCAGAACCAGAACCAGGAGAUCUUCAAGGCAUGAUGACAGAUAUCGAGACGCCGACCUAGAUAGGAGGGAGUCAGAAAGACGUCCCCGUGAUUUCGACGUCUAUCGACCUGGAGAACGAGACAGGCGAGACCGUGAUGACCGCUCUGUUCGUGCUAGGUCUCGACGCCGGAGCAGGAGCCGAAGCCGAAGUAGAGCAGUGGAUGACAUGGAUAAAUACCGGCCUUACGAUCGAGACAGGGAAAGGGAAAGAGAUCGUGACCGUGGCCGUGACCGCGAUAGAGAUAGGGAUAGAGACAGAGACAGAGAUAGAGAUCGUGAUCGGGACAGGGAUCGAGAAAGGGAUCGAGACCGUGAGCGUGAGAGCAGAGGCGAAUAUCGCAGCUAUCGCCCCGGUGCCCGUUCAAGAUCUCGCUCGAGAGCAGCAUCCCAUAGGCCAGCACGAAGAUCCAAGUCCCCGUCUCGGUCACGGUCUCGAUCAACCACUCGGCGGAGAUACCGGGAAAGGGACCGGUCAGGAUCCCGAAGCCGUCGAGCCAGGUCAACGUCAAGAAAUGCUGGAGGGGAUAUUGAUCGGUACGUUCCUCCAACAUCAACGCGGAGCCGGUCACCAAAACGUAGGGCAAGGUCACCAGACAGAGAUAGGGAAAGGGAUCGUGACCGUGACCGUGACCGUGAUCGUGAUCGUGAUAGGGACAGAGACAAAGAUAGAGACAGAGAUAGAGAGAGGGAGAGAGAAAGAGAUCGAGACAGGGACAGGGACAGGGACAGAUCUCGAGAUAGGGACAGAGGCCGAGACAGAGAUAGGGAACGUGAGAGGGACCGCGACAGAGACCGCGAUCGUGAUAGGGAUAGGGACCGGGACAGACUUCCCGAUAUUGAUCGGUACGUCCCAGGAGCCGCUGAGAAGGAAUCUCGAGGGACCAGCGUUGAUAGAGAGGACAGAAGAAGCAGGCGUCGAGACGCAAGCCGUUGA